GUCCGGAGCUUUUGUCCCCUCCCCUCCAGCGCUGUAGUCGCAGUUGUAGUGGGCUACGGCACUGUUCCAGAACCGUCAGAGCCCUGUUGCCGCCGCUUACGCCCACUAAAAAACCGCAGCUGCCAGCUCUACUUGUAGCGCCCACGUUUUUUAUUCUCGCAGCUGGCCACUUCCGGCAGCUGUCGCUUCUUUGCUUCUUUUGUAGCUUUCUUUCUUGGUCUUCUCCUGAACCCCUCUUUGCUCACACCAUCCAUCUUCUUCCUAUUCUCACCAACUCUGCAUCCGCCCAAAUCGCCGGCUUCCCCUCUGCCAACGCUCCUACAGGCCCCUCUGACAGCUUGUGCUUCCGCCAUUGACUCCGCUACGGCCGGGGGUCCCCCCUGCGAAGACGUCACUGCACAAGCUCUUGCAGCACAGCACCCCCACCGCGCUAACAGCAAAUCUGCGUGAUUGAUUCCCCUACCCACCGCGGGGCUGCCGUCUGAUCGCCUGCUGCUUUUUCUUCUUUUCUUUUUUCUCUUCUUUCAUCAUGAGUCCAGGCACAAUGACUUCCCAGCAGGUCUUUCUUCUGCCCCUCAACGACGAUGGCUCGCCCCAGGUCGCCGGCGAGUACAUCUACAUUGAAUCCGAAAGCUCAGAGGUCAUUGUCCGUUUCGUCAUCGAAGGUGCUUCUUCAAUCUGUCGACAUGGAAGCCUCUGGGUCAAUAUCCCGGAAAAGGGCGUUGCUUUCAAAAGGAGUCAGUUCCGAGAGUUGAAGUUGAGCGCAGACUUUACUCGCGACAUUGAAAUUUCCGUCCCCAUUUACGAACCCGGCGCUUUUGCAUUCUAUACGACAUAUGCUGAGCUACCCGACCUCGAGGCACAAAUAUCUGCGCCUAAUUAUGGUAGGAAGGACGUCCUGAAGCAGACGCAAACCUACUACAUCGAUGUCGCACCCCGCCUGAGGCUUGACGGCUGCCCAUUGCCGCUACCUGCGCUAUCCAUGUUUUCUGUAAUCAGCAAAUUCAUGGGUAAAUACCCCGCCGAUUGGGAACGCCAUCUUGCUGGAAUCAGCUAUCGAGGAUACAAUAUGGUUCACUUUACACCACUCCAAAUUAGAGGCUCGUCCAACUCCCCCUACAGCUUGUACGACCAAUUGGGCUGGGAUCCAGCCUGCUUCCCCAAUGGGGAGUCAGACGUUGCAAAAAUGGUAAAGAACCUCGAAGAAAACCAUUCGCUUCUAAGUUUGACCGAUAUUGUUCUCAAUCAUACAGCACACAACACCGAAUGGCUCCAUCAGCACCCCGAGGCGGGUUACAACCUAAUCACUGCCCCAUGGCUAGAAGCUGCAUACGAACUAGACACUGCACUACUUGAGCUAGGCAGCAAGCUUAAAGAACUCGGCCUCCCUGUUAAUCCGCAAAAUGAUGAAGAUUUAUUGGCAAUAAUGGGAGCCGUUAAGAGUAAAGUUAUUGCUGACUUGAAACUAUGGGAAUACUACGCCAUUAACGUGGAACGCGACACUGAGGCGGCUGUUGAAGCCUGGGUUCAGGGCAAGUCCUUUACUCUAGUUGACACCCUCGAGGGGGCCGAUAUUGACGGCCUUCAGAGAGACAACUUGGAUGCUCAGGCUGCGUUUAUUAAGAAUCAUGGCAUUCCUCAUAUGGGACGUCUCGGCCCCCGCUUCAGUCGAGCAGUCCACCCUCAAAUUAUGGCAACUGUCCUUGAUCUUUCCCUGGGAAGAUUUGAGGGCGAUGGCUCCAAUUCUGCUACUAGAGAUGCGGCAAAACAAAAAGUUUCAAAUUUGAUCGAUGCCAUCAACGUUCCUCUUUACGAAGAAUAUGAUAAAGAUAUUAACGAAAUGAUGGAACAGCUAUACAACCGCAUUAAAUAUGUCCGUCUUGCCGAAGAUGGCCCCCGACUCGGACCCAUUAACGAGGAGAACCCAUUGAUUGAGACCUACUUUACCCGACUGCCUCUCAAUGAUGUUACAAAAAAGCUUGACCCAAAGGAGAGAGCUCUCGUCAACAACGGUUGGGUUUGGGGCGGAAACGCCCUGGUGGACAAUGCCGGCCCAGAUUCUCGCGUCUACCUCCGCCGCGAAGUCAUUGUUUGGGGAGAUUGUGUUAAGCUACGCUACGGUAAUGGACCAAGCGACAGUCCUUGGCUGUGGGACCAUAUGACAAAAUAUGCUCGCAUGCUUGCCAAAUACUUCAAUGGUCUCCGUAUUGACAACUGCCACUCUACACCAAUGCACGUGGCUGAACAUAUUCUCGAUGAAGCGCGUCUCGUCCGACCAGACCUUUACGUUGUUGCUGAACUCUUCACUGGCUCAGAAGAUAUGGACUACGUCUUUGUGAAGCGACUCGGCUUGAGCUCACUUAUUCGCGAAGCCAUGCAGGCAUGGAGCACAGCUGAGCUCAGCCGACUGGUUCACAAACAUGGUGGUCGUCCCAUUGGUAGUUUUGAAGUCGACGAAAUCUCCUAUUCGGAACCUUUUACCAAACCUGAUAGCACGGGCGCCAGUGGUGAUCUUGCAAGAGAAGUUAUUCGCCACAUCAAGCCUACUCCAGUACAUGCGCUCUUCAUGGAUUGUACGCACGACAAUGAGACCCCUGCGCAGAAACGUGAUGCCCGCGAUACUCUCUCGAAUGCUGCACUUGUCUGUAUGUGCUCCAGUGCCACUGGAAGCGUGAUGGGAUACGACGAGAUCUACCCGAAGCUCAUUGAUUUGGUCAACGAGACCCGAUUGUACACUUCAGCGUCUUCAAAUGCAUCACCAGGCAAGGAGAGCAAAUCAGGUAUCGCUAGUGUGAAGAAGCUUCUGAAUCAAAUACACACAUUGAUGGGCAAGGACAAGUACGACGAAACCCACAUUCACCAUGAAGAAGAAUAUAUUACCGUUCAUAGAGUUCACCCAGAGUCGAGGAAGGGCUAUUUCUUAGUUGCACAUACCGCAUUCCCCGGAUAUGGAAACGGCCGAGGCGCCAUUUCUCCAAUGCACUUGAAGGGUACAAGAGCGCGCCAUCUAGGCAGCUGGAUGCUUGAGGUUGAUGCUAGCAAGGAUACUACAGCAGAAGUUCUCGCGGAUACUGAACAUCUCCGUGGCCUUCCCAGUCGUGUUCACACCAUAACCGGCAUUACAAUGGAACAAGAGGGUGAUGAUACAGUCAUUACCGUCAAAGACAAAUUCCCACCUGGCAGCAUCGCGCUGUUUGAAACAUGGAUCCCUACGGCAGAGCACUCUGCUGGUCUCGAUCGAUUCGUUACUUCCAAGGCCAAGACCGCCCUUUGCGAGCUUGACCUGAUUGAUCUCAACUUCCUUCUCUUUAAAUGCGAAGCCGAAGAGCGAGAUGCUAGUGGAGGCAAAGAUGGUGUGUAUGACAUACCUGGCCACGGCAAGCUCGUUUACGCUGGUCUGCAAGGCUGGUGGAGCGUCUUAAAGAACAUCAUCAAGAAUAAUGAUCUUGCCCACCCACUAUGUCAGAACCUCCGUGAUGGAGCUUGGGCUCUCGACUAUGUUAUCAACCGUUUGGAGCGCGUUUCAGAAACUGCGGGUGGGGAACGCUUCAAAGCAGUAACCCAGUGGUUCAAAGAGCGCUUUGAUGCUAUCCGCGCGAUUCCAAACUUUCUCCUACCGCGCUACUUUGCAUUGGUCAUGCGCACGGCGUAUCGUGAAGCAUGUGCAAGAGCACUACAUCUUAUGAACGACAAUGUUAAGCAGGGUCAGUGGUUUUUGCAAUCGCUGGCCUUGGUUAGCGUGCAGCAAACUGGUCUUGUUCAUUCGGCAUCGCUCUGGCCCAACAAGCUUGUGCCCUCCAUCGCCGCUGGUCUACCGCAUUUUGCUGUAGAAUGGGCUCGUUGCUGGGGUCGCGAUGUAUUCAUUUCGCUCCGUGGCUUGUAUUUGGGUACCGGCCGAUUCGACGAGGCUAAAGAGCAUAUCUUGGCAUUUGGUAGCGUUUUGAAGCAUGGCAUGGUACCAAAUCUCCUGUCAAGCGGUGAUGCUCCUCGAUAUAACGCGAGAGAUGCCAUUUGGUUCUUCUUACAAGCGAUUCAGGAUUACACCAAGCUUGUCCCCAAUGGUAUUGAUCUUCUUCAGACUAAAACUAAGCGUCGGUUCCUGCCAUACGAUGACACCUGGUUCCCUACAGACGAUGCUCGUGCAUACUCACAAGAAAGUACUAUUGAGGAUAUCAUCCAAGAGGCUCUCCAGAGGCAUGCAUCCGGAAUGCAAUACCGCGAAGCAAAUGCUGGCCCACAGAUUGAUUCACAGAUGAAGGAUGAGGGUUUCAACCAACUUAUCAAAGUUGAUUGGGACACUGGUAUCAUCUUUGGUGGCAAUCAGUCCAACUGUGGAACCUGGAUGGAUAAAAUGGGUGAAAGCGAGCAAGCGGGCUCUAAGGGAGUACCUGGAACUCCUCGUGACGGCGCUGCGAUUGAGAUUACCGGACUUCUUUACAGCACGCUGAAGUGGUUAUCGAGCCUAAGCGAUGCAGGCAAGUACAAAUACAGCGGCGUCAAGACAUCUGACGACCAAACCAUCAGCUACCAGGCUUGGGCAGAACGUCUCAAGGCAAACUUCGAAAAGUGCUACUACGUACCUCUGUCACCUGCCGAGGAUGGCAACUACAACGUCAAUUCAAAGCUGGUUAACCGCCGCGGCAUGUACAAGGAUUUGUACAAAUCGGGCAAAGAGUAUGAAGACUACCAGCUCCGAUGCAACUUUCCGAUUGCCAUGACGGUCGCCCCAGACCUCUUUGACCCUGACCACGCCUUGGAGGCACUGUGCCUUGCCGACUCUGUACUCCGUGGCCCUACUGGUAUCGCGACGUUGGACCCAGGCGAUCUGAACUACAGACCAUACUACCGCAACAGCGAAGAUAGCAAAGACUUCGCAACAAGCAAAGGCCGAAACUACCACCAGGGCCCCGAGUGGCUGUGGCCGACGGGUUUCUUUCUCCGCGCUCUACUGAAGUUUGACCUCAUGCGCCAAACUUCCGCCGAGGGACGCACGGAAGCCUUCCAGCAGGUGACAAGAAGACUGGCUGGAUGCAAGGCCAUGAUCCAAGAAAGCCCAUGGGCUGGACUGACCGAGCUAACACAAAAGAAUGGAGAGUACUGCGAUGAUUCGAGUCCUACGCAAGCGUGGUCUGCGGGCUGCUUGAUUGACUUAUACAUGGAUGCAUUGCACGAACACGGCGCAAAAGCAUAAUUACCACCUGGACAUCAGGACAUAGCUUAGUUGCACAUGACAUAAACCAUCUUUAUUUAUUUGUUAUUUCGUCAUCAGUAAAAAAAUGUUCUUUUGAUUGUGUGAUUGUUCUACACCACUGCCAUUGCCAUUCCCACCACGCAGCCUCUACUACCAAAACAAAGAAAAAAGGGUGUACAAUAUAUGAAGUCUCUACAGGGCCUUUUCCAUCUGUCCCUUGAUGCGCGUCACCGUGCCCGCACCGCCAUAUACCAUGGUCGUAUACACCAUAGCCACGCUAGCACCAGCAUUCAGCACUUGCAGUGCCUGCUCGCCGUUCGUGAUACCUCCCGUGGCAAACAGAACCUUAGGCUCGCCCUUGGCAUCUAUGCUCAUGGCGUAGCUAUCCAGCAUCUUGCGGUAUCGUCCCACCAGAUCCAGGGUGCGCGAGAACAUAGCUGGGCCCGAGUAGCCACCCGUCUCCAUGAGGUUCUUCUUCUCGCGCGCCGUCAACCGUGUGCCUUCAGGAACAACCUCGGCGCGCCGUCUUGUCGUAUUGCCCACAAUGAUGCCGUCCACACCGCUGCGGUUCACGGCUUCCACGACACCUUCCAUCUGCACAUCGUCGUCCUCGUCCGGUGACACCUUGACCAUGACGCGGGGUUUCGUCUUGCGGUCGGUCUUGCGAGCUUCCUCCACGACAGCCGUCAGCAGCUUCGUCAGCGGCUCAGUGGCCUGCAGGUCUCGCAGGCCAGGUGUGUUGGGGCUCGACACAUUGACAACAAGAACAUCCGCAUACGGCGCCAGUCGACGCACACAGUAGACAUAGUCGUUCGCAGCGUCCUUCUCGCUCGUUUCCUUGUUCUUGGCAAUCUGCACAGCAAGAAUGCGGCCCUCGCGCAAACUACCAGGUGGCACGCCGGCCUUACCGUCCAGAACGUCCUGCUCAGUGGCGCCAAUGGAGCGGGCAUAUGUACGCAAUCGCUGGCGCAGACGGAUAGCAACGUCGUCGGCACCGCGCGAGUUGAGCCCGUAGCGGUUCACCAUGCCCUCGAGGCCGGGGACACGGAAGACGCGGGGCUUCGGGUUACCUUCCUGAGCAAGGGGCGUGAUGCCGCCAAUCUCGACGACACCAGCACCCAGGGCAAACAGGACAUCGGCAAUCUCGCCGUCCUUGUCGAGACCCGCAGAGAUACCGACGGGGUUGUUUAGUUGGUGUUCAAAGACUUGUGUGGUGAGCUUAGACUCGGCACUUGUUGAAGAAAGACCCUGGCGCUCGCGAGGGUGCAGGUUGAAUUCGUAGAGCAGCUUGAGCACCGAGGUGCCAAAGUGGUGCGCAUCCUCGGCGUCGGGGAGGACGGUGCGCAGGAUCGGCGGCACGACGUACUGGUGGAUGAAGCCGCGGGUGUCGGUGAUGUAGAGGUAUCCGGCAUACGUGGCUGCUGCGAGGACUGUGCCGUAGAGAGCUGCCUUGCCGCGUCCGAGGGCCAUGGAGCCGCCGCUCGAGCUGGAUGCAAAGCGCGCAGAUGCAGCUUGCACCUUUGGCACGCGGGGGCGGAGGGCGGCCUGGUGCAGGCCGGACGAGGCCAAUCGCUGGCGCAUGAUGAAUGUCGACAUGGCUGAAGUGGUGCACAGGGCCCGUAUCGUGCUCAAUUGGGCCUGUUGUGCGGUCAAGUCGAGCCGUGUUAGUACGAAGAAAGAAAGAUUGGAGCUUGCUGGUAGAUCGUGAUAGGUGCUGGGUCCUGACAGUGCCCGGGCGUACAGUGUGGGCGUUGGGACACUGUGGAUUUUCGGCAACCACGCGAGUCUAAGCAUCUGAUAGCUUUAUGUACGAAUUUAUUUCGUGUGAAAUGAAACGAAAAGGAUUAGGUUUUAAAAAAGUCAUAUUUAGAAGUAUCCAAAAGAGGCUCAAGCAGCCAGCCUAGACUCCCCAAUUAAAUGUGCAAAUAGCAAAAAAGACGCAAAGAACAAAAAGACAGCAACCCAGUAAAUGACACCGACUACUACCGCUUGCUUUUUGCUAUAUAACAAAGAUAAAGCAAGGGUAGCCGAGACAUGCUGUCAAUCGUAUAAAACAAAAAGACAAGAAGCAGCGAGAGCUAAUAAAAACACAAAGCGCCGUAUUCUAGAUGAAACCAGACAAGGAAAUAUCAGGGGUAAAGGAGAGCGAAUUUUGCAGUUGAGAUUCGCUCAAACUAAGGUGAGAGUUGGUCGACGGAGAGAGUAGUAAACAGAGGGAAAACGCCAUGUAUGAAAAGCCUUGAAAAAGAUGUUAUUUUGGUGACAGAGGGGGCCUGACCACGAUCGAGCGGCGUUUAGGAAAAUGUACGACGUCGGCGAAACGAGGCAGGUAGGCGGGAGCGCGUCGGAAAAGGAGCGAAAAUCGUAUUAUCGAUCAGAAUGCAUCUAGGUGCGCUGCAUGGGGUUCCAUCGCUUCGACUUGCGGGCUGCCUUUUCCUCGGGAGUGCCAGCGGCGGCUGUCAUGUUGGGUAGCGGCUCUCGGGUGAACUUGGAGUAGUCGGCUUGUUCGCGGUCGGCCAGGCCACCACCGAGGGGAGGACCCCACGAGGGGCGAGAGUUGGAGCCGGAGUGCUUCUGGCCGAGGAUGUUCUGGCGAUCCUUCUUACGGAGGUAGCGGCGGCGCCAGAUGCAGGCUCCGAUCCAGAUAGCAGCGAUACCGACAAUCAGAAUGACAAGCAUGACAACCCACUGCCAGUGGUUCGAAAGCCUAUAAAUCGUUAACAAAAGGGUUCUGGGGCUCAUUCGGGUAUUGCAAAAACGCACCAGUUACCGUUGGAAUCACCCAAGUUAGCGUGAGGUGUUGUAAAAGGUACACCAGUGGACGUUGUGGCGGCAGUAGUGGGUUGAGGGUUACCGUUGUUGUUUCCUGGCGCAGUCUUAAAUCCAGGGCCGUUGCUACAGGCAGUCUUGUACCAUGAGGCUAUCGAUGUAGAGCCGGCUGGGUUACCAGCACAGGCAUUCGGGCAGAGCGCAGCAGGGUUAGAGACCAAUGCAAAUAGGUUCGGUUGGUAGCAGACACACUGCAGCCAGUCGGCGGGUGUACCAGCCUUGACGGCUGGUGGCACACAGGCGCCAUUUGCAUCGUAGAGAGGACCGCAGCCUGCGGCACAAGCGGGCAGCUUGCUGAUGUCGGUGAAAGGGAUAACGGUAUAUUGGGCUGGAGGAGAGACGUCAGCAUGGGCGCUUGUCAGUAGAUUAGCGGGAGAGACGGUUCAACUCACCCAUUUUGAAGGAUUAAAUUUGGCAAGACUGGUAAAAAGACGUGAGACCAAGAGUUUGCCAGAUAUCUGCCAAUGGAGACGGCGUCGAGAGCGAGGGGGUCGCUUUGGAGAGAUUAACGCGGAUGUCUAGAUGAUGUGCGGGUUCCGGGCGGAUAGGGCGGACGACAACAACAGGAGUCGGGGGGGUCGUGAGAUGUAUUGGUCGACGCGCCAAACGAGGCCAAAGUAGAUGCGAGUUGAGGUUUCGAACGAGUGGAAGCGCGUGUCGAUUAUCGAAGCAGCACGCGGAGGCGGAGGCGGUAGGGUGGUAUUGGGAACAAGGCCCUUUUGAUUGCGGUUUGACGAUGCAAGGCGACUUGGCUGGCGAGGCGUGAUUUGGCGGGCGUGCAAGGACGAACAGAAAAAUGCGGCGAAAGAGGCUCGCGAUGGUCAGGUGAUGACGAUGGUCGCGAUGGAGAGCAGGCGACGCGACAAGCGUGGAAUUGAUGGGUUGGUUGCAGGCAAAAAUGUCUUUGCUGGUGAAGGUUUGCAGGAGAAGGAAGGCGAGUUGGAAUGUGGCAGGCGGAUCAGGCGAUUAAGGCGGGAGACAGGCAAGGCCAGUGGGUGUGUGGUGUGUCCUAUCUCUUUUUUUUUUCCCUUUUGGGGGGUGCUGUAGGCGAGUGGCUCCCCUGUACGGACGGGCUACAACAGCUACUUGUGUGGGCUUGUCAGCGGGAAGAGGGUGCUGAUUGGG